UCGCACAGAAUUGCACCGGAUGCAACACUCAUCACUCAUUACAAUAAGCAAAGAGAGCAUUAUUCUAUAGAAAACCAAAGACAGAUCAAGAUGGCCGUCAUUGCACAACAAAGAAGACCUUGUGGCUCGCUGCUGCAACAAAAGACGGACGAAUGCUCGGUCUUUUUCAACUUUGUCCAUGGAAAGACUCUCUGCAUGAUGGUCAAUCUUCACACCGAUGAUAUCAAGUCCAUCAAGAAACGCCUGGCAGAACUGGACGGCAAAUCGGAUGGAAGAACCACCAGAACCUCAUUCGUUCUGGCCAGUAGAGACAUGUUCCUGGUUUGGAACGGCAAGCCCCUGGAGGAAGAUUGCACAUUGGCAGACUACAACAUCACGUCCAAGGGACACACCACCAUAUUCUGCCAUCAGCGACAACCGGGAGGCUGCUUUGCUGUUUCCUUUUCCAUCUUUAUGGUCAUUGUGGCAGCGGUGCUCGGAAGCUCCGUCACAUGUGGUGCCUCUCUCAUACUGGUACCACUCCUAUUACCUCUUCUUGUCAUUCUACCCUUUUGCUGUUUGUAAUGUAAGAAGAAAAUCAAUGAAAUGAACUACUAUACAGUACAUACAUACAGGUUGCUACCGUAUGAACCCAAAACCAAACAGUCAUCAUACAACAGAACUUUUUGGAGUAUUUACAUCAUCCUUUUGACAAUUCGCACCCGCAUUAUUCAUUCCAUCUCCUUACUCCUCCUACCCAAAUAAAAUCUAUACCGGUAUACCUUUGUAGCUGGCAACCACCACCACACUUCAUGUAAUGGCCUGCAAACGUCGCAAGGACGGAUUCAUGUGUCUUCUAGCUAGUACAUCUUGAAUGAAUCGAGCAGGAGGAGAGUCAUCUGAUUGGUAAUUGGUUCAAGAUGGCUAGCAGGUGCCAUGAUCAGUCCAGCAAACAGGUAGUCUCAUACAGUACUAGUAGUACAUUUAUUUGUGUGUAGGAACUGAAAUAUUAUGUAGCCAAAUGUAUAUAGGUUUGAGUCCUCUUGAUCAGCAACCCGGUUUCGGUUCUGUUACAUAGAUUCAUCAUUCUAUUAGAGUAGUCAGUAAACUUGUAAAUGCGUCUGUUACUAACAUAGACGCUACUAGCUAGAGCCG